AUUUUAUUCAAAUAUGCUGUCUCAGAUUUAAACUAUUUGAUGUUUGGUAUCGAUAAAAAGGAAAUCUGUAAACAAUCUAUAUAUAUGAUAUAUGCAAUAUGCGGUAGAGCUUUAUAGUCAGUGACGGAUUUAGCCUUCAAGGGACCUGAGCUGUUGAGUCGUGCACUUGUGCGGCUCGUGAGUCGGAAUAAGGUCUGUUCUGUACAUUUUUUUGCUGACGAAACAAUAUUAUAAUUGGAAAAUGACAGGGUUUACAGAAAGUGCACUUGUGAAAAGAUUAAUGGACUUGAAUCCUUCUCAGCAAAGUAUUCAAACACUUUCUCUUUGGUUAAUUCAUCACAGAAAACAUCAUCCAACCAUCGUGAAAGUCUGGUUCAAAGAGAUGUGUAAAGUAAAGGAUAAUCGUAAACUAAUGUUUAUGUAUCUGGCAAAUGAUGUUAUUCAAAACAGUAAAAAGAAAGGGCCAGAAUUUGGGAAAGAGUUUGAAACAGUGUUACCAAAAGCUUUUGAACAUAUGAAAGGAUUUGAUGAAAAGACAAGGGAAAGAUUAAAUAGGCUUCUUCAAAUUUGGGAAGAAAGAGGAGUUUAUGAUAAAGCACAAAUUGCAGAAUUUAAAGCUGCUUUUACAGAUACAUCAAAAGAUUCAGGAACCCCACCUCCAAAAAAGAAACUUAAAAAUGACAUAGAAAAAAUAAAGAAGGAGAAAAAGGAGAGGAAAAAGUCAGAGACUGAAAUUGAAGUGGAUGGAACCAAAGAGCUGCAUGUAACCUUAAGUCCUCGCACUCCUGCUGGAGAUCCACCAGAAACAGAGGAACUCAUCAAAGCCUUAAUGGAUUUGGAAAAUACAGCAUCCUCAGAUGCUGGUGUUAGAGAACGUAUUGCAUCUUUACCACCAGAAGUUUCUGAAGUUUCGCUGCUUGCAAAUUUAGCUGACAGAGCAGCUGCAGAUCAGUUAAGUGUUGCAGUAAAUGAAGCUGCUGCACUGUUAGCAGAUUACAAUGGACGGUUGCAAGCUGAAAUGGAAGAUAGAAGAAGAUUAUUAACUAUGCUUAGAGAUUAUACUUUGGCACAAAGACAGUUACUUCAACAGGCUCAGUCAACUUUAGAAGAUUAUAAAGAAAAACUUAAGAAAGUAUGCGCAGUUAGAUCUGAAGUAAAAUCACAUAUUUCCAAUCUGCCUGAUUUAACACAAUUACCUGAUGUAACGGGUGGGUUAGCCCCACUUCCUUCAGCUGGUGACUUAUUUUCUAUGCACUAGCACGUGAGUUUAAAAAGCAUGAUCAUUGAAUUAUUUUUGAGUUCCACGCAUAAAUGAAUACAACCAUGCUAUGUUAGCUUGGUCUUUGUGAUGAGAUAUAUAACUUUCUACUUUUCAAUAUUUAAUAUAUUAAAUAUUGAUUAAACUCCUCGCAUGUAAUUACAAAAUAUGAAACAAAAAUGUACUGAUAAGUGAUAGUAUUGUAAAAUUAUUUUACACAAUACUUUAAUAACCUGAAGGAAACAAAUGAACCAAGUUAUUAUAUACAAUUAAAAUUCUUGAAACUGUUGUGCCAGUAAUUUUCAGUGUUAUAUUUUUGUUGAAAAUUACUUGAUAAAGUGUGUUUUUGUUUUUCAAACGGAGGUUGACGAAGACGAUAAAAAUUUUGUUUUAUAAUUGAACUUUGAAAAAAAAAGGAUAAGAAAAAUUUUUGUCUAAAAAUAACAAUGUUCCUGUUUUGUCGUAUGCACAAUGCAUAAGGAACUUAAAAACAUUGUACAAUUUGUUACAAUCUCAUUUUAUACUAAUAAACAAUUAUAUUUAAUCGAUAAAUAAUUUUUAAAUAUGU